GUAGCUCCUCAAACACGUAGUAUUCUCCCGCGUAGCGAGCAAAGAAAAACUGUCAUCACACACACCAUGAAGUUCUUCAUUGUUUUGUUUGCCGUUGUAGCGGCCGCCAGCGCCGGAAUUAUCGGCGGAUAUCAUGAACCAAUCGCGCAACCCUGGGUGGCUCCUGUGGUGCACGCUGCUCCAGUGGUGCACGCCGCCCCGGUGGUGCACGCGCCCCUUCCUUGGGCUGCGCCCGCACCGGGAUACCUCAAGGUCGCCGCUCCUGUAUCGUACGCCAAGCAGGUUCAUCACGUGCUCAACAUCCCCCAGCAUACCCCCAUUCCGCCCCCGCAUCCGCAGCCUUUGAACAUCAAGGCACAGAGCCACGUUACUAGAAUACAUUACGACGCUCCGCACAUCCCGCAUCCGCAUCUCGUCGGCGUCGAGCAUUACGUGGCCGCUCCGGAGCCCGCCAUCUCCGUCGUCAAGGCUGGUCAUCACAGCUGGGCCUAAAAUUUUUACACGAUGCACAAUGCCCGUCUAAUCCGUCGAUCCAGAGCGGUUCAUAUCGAAUCUCAGUAAUCAUUCCGAGGCCUAAUAUCACAGUAAACAAUGUCAUCGAUGACGUAAAAAUAUGAUCUUUAAAUAUUCUCUUCCCCCUCAUCUCUUUUCCAGUUAUUUCAAUUUAAAUAAAUAGAAGCAACGGCCAAGGAUCAUAUCGUAUUAUCAAAAUCAGAAUUCUUGGAGCGAUGAGGAGAGAUGAAAAAUGUGGAUCGCUCGAGGAUCGCAGAUCAAGGCAGCUAAACUCGAAAAAGAAAAACAUAUUCGACUUGAUUUAACCUUAGAGCUACAUAUGACACGUUUCACACAAACACGUGGACAACCGCGACUUUUUCCACUCCUUUUUCUAUUUCUGUUUCAACACCGAAAAAUUUCUCGUGCGGCAAUUGCGAUAGUGAAGAAGACAUCAGCAAAGAGAGCGUUUCCUCUUCCAUCUGCUUUCUGUUCAAUUCUUUUUUUUUUCAUUCGCAGCAACACUUUAAUUUAUUUUCUAAUAAAGGUUGACUUACAUGUCUCUUGUGAUAAACCAGGAA